AUGGAUUAUGGAUAUACCGUGUAUUUUAAAAACUCGGACACUGGCUCCAGUGGAACAAACUUCUGGCUCUUCCUCAAGUCGGUGCAGGACCAGGCGUACAAGGCACCAGUGGUGGUGGAGGGCAAGGUCCAGGGGCUGGCUCCGGCCAGCGGCGCCAGCUCCAACAGCACCCGCGAGCCGCCCGCCUCGGGUCGAGUGGCGCUGGUGAAGGUGCUGGACAAGUGGCCGCUCCGGAGCGGGGGGCUGCAGCGCGAGCAGGUGAUCAGCGUGGGCUCCUGCGCGCCACUCGAAAGGAACCAGCGCUACAUCUUUUUCCUGGAGCCCACGGAGCAGCCCUUAGUUUUUAAGACGGCCUUUGCCCCCCUCGACACCAACAGCAAAAACCUCAAGAAGGAGGUGGGCAAGAUCCUAUGCACUGACUGCGCCACCAGGCCCAAGCUGAAGAAAAUGAAAAGCCAGACAGGACAGGUGGGGGAGAAGCAGUCACUGAAGUGUGAGGCAGCAGCCGGGAACCCCCAGCCCUCCUACCGUUGGUUCAAGGAUGGCAAGGAGCUCAACCGCAGCCGAGAUAUUCGCAUCAAGUAUGGCAACAGCAGAAAGAACUCACGACUUCAGUUCAACAAGGUGAAGGUGGAGGACGCUGGGGAGUACGUCUGUGAGGCCGAGAACAUCCUGGGGAAGGACACUGUCCGUGGCCGGCUCCAUGUCAACAGCGUGAGCACCACCCUGUCAUCCUGGUCGGGGCAUGCCCGGAAGUGCAACGAGACAGCCAAGUCCUAUUGUGUCAAUGGAGGCGUCUGCUACUACAUUGAAGGCAUCAACCAGCUCUCCUGCAAGUGUCCUGUGGGAUACACCGGGGACAGGUGUCAGCAGUUCGCAAUGGUCAACUUCUCCAAGCAUCUUGGAUUUGAAUUAAAGGAAGCUGAGGAGCUGUACCAGAAGAGGGUGCUGACCAUCACCGGCAUCUGUGUGGCUCUACUGGUUGUGGGCAUUGUCUGUGUGGUUGCCUACUGCAAGACCAAAAAACAGCGGAAGCAGAUGCAUAACCACCUCCGGCAGAACAUGUGCCCAGCCCACCAGAACCGGAGCUUGGCCAAUGGGCCCAGCCACCCCCGAUUGGACCCCGAGGAGAUCCAGAUGGCAGACUACAUCUCCAAGAAUGUGCCAGCCACAGACCACGUCAUCCGGAGGGAAACUGAGACCACCUUCUCUGGGAGCCACUCCUGUUCUCCUUCUCACCACUGCUCCACAGCCACACCGACCUCCAGCCACAGACACGAGAGCCACACAUGGAGCCUGGAACAAUCUGAGAGCCUGACCUCCGACUCCCAGUCAGGCAUCAUGCUGUCAUCAGUGGGAACCAGCAAGUGCAACAGCCCUGCAUGUGUGGAGGCCCGGGCUCGGCGGGUGGCAGCCUACAGCCUGGAGGAGCGGCGCAGGGCUGCUGUGCCACCCUACCACAACUCCGUGGACUCCCUACGUGACUCCCCGCACAGUGAGAGGUACGUGUCGGCCCUGACCACGCCAGCGCGUCUCUCGCCCGUGGACUUCCACUAUUCGCUGGCCACGCAGGUGCCGACCUUCGAGAUCACGUCGCCCAACUCUGCGCACGCCGUUUCGCUGCCACCGGCAGCGCCCAUCAGCUACCGCCUGGCGGAGACUCCAUUUGAUAUCUUCAUUAUCUCCCCUGGAUACUAG